AUGAUGCCUUCUUUAUUGAAAAAUUUAUUUCCGAAGAAAAUCAUUCAAAGUAAUAAGUUACCGAAUGAGGAAAAUGUGAUUUUUCCUGAUAAUAUUACUGAUAAUGAAUUUUGUAUUCGACGAAAAGAAUUUUUACGAGAAGAUCAGCUAAGAUUGAUCGUUAUUGCUGAAACAAAUUUCCGGCUUCUCUUUGAUAGUUCAACCGUUUUAUCGUUAAAUAAACUGUUGAGACAUCAGUCGGAUAUUUUACCACUUGGAUUAAUGUUGUUCGGUUCGAUGCCAAUGAUGAAAAAAGCAACAUUCAAAGUGCAUUAUCUUAGUUGCACAAAUCAAAUAAUGGUUGGACAUGUGAUUUCUUUGCCAAAAUCGACGAAGCGAGCAUAUAGAUUAGUAAAACGAUUGGUAAGGGACAGCAGUGGCGUGCCAGUCAAGAGUAUUAAGAGUAUUAUGGGCCUCAUAAGAUGGAAAGAAUUUAAGGCCAAACUUAACCAUAAAGCGCCAUCAGUCGCCCCUGAGAAGGGCAUUGGAACAUCGCUUCAGAUAUUUGCAACCCACUGUCACGUGUUUCAUUCGACACUCAAGAAAUGUCCAAGUCAGUCCAGAGCAUCGUUACAGAUUACAUUACAGAUUACAGAUCUUGAAUAUGCUGAUGAUGUAGCCCUUUUUGCUGACAAUUAUGACGAAAUAUAA